CUCCACAUCACUGCUUUCACUCUAAGUGUUGUUAUUAUUAUUUUUGUUGCUUUUCUUACCAAAAUGCUUUUCGUGCUUUAAAGAUGUGAGAUGUUCUCCAGCUGCAAAGAAUUUGAAAGAUUCCAGUCAUGGAAUCAAAUCUCGGCCAAAAAGGAGUGUAGAGUACAUCGAAGGGCUUCUCCAGGAAGCAGACAAAGAAUUACAAAGAAUGGAAACUGAAGUUGAUGAGCCAACAAACGAAAACAGGGACAAAUUCGUUCAGAAUAUGUUGGGAGCCACUAAGAUGUUGAAAUCAUCUGAAGCUUCUAAAAACAUUAUCAAUCACAUCAUCAACUGCACCACUGCUGUCCUCUUACUGGCAAUGACAAAGUGUGACAUCCUCAGUAAUCCAAAUCCUGAAUCAUUCCACAGAAACAUCUUGGAGAUAUUUCAAUAUGUUGAUGUACUGAAUGCUCAGGUCCCAGAGAACUAUGUGAUUAAAUUUCCAACAGGCACUCUGUAUCUGAGCAGCUACACACCUGAAAAGCUCAGUGAAGCAGUGUUGGGGUCAGACUUAGAAGGCCACGUUGUGUUACCCCAUAUUUCUGCAUUUCAGUCUCAUGUUGAAAACGCCACCUGCGUCUCCUUUCAGUUAGCUGUAUUCUUUUGGAAUGUCCACCCAUCUGAUGAGAACAUCACAGGAUCCAUUUUCAAUGUCAUACUGACCCAUAAAUCCUCAGAGAUUAAGUUGGCCAACCUGUCAGACAUGAUAGAGCUUUACUUCCCCCGUCCAAAUGCUUCACCCCAAGAAACUAACAGGAGUUUUUUGUUGGAGAAGGACAAAAAAGCUUUGACAACAUUGAACAUCUCUGACCCUAAUAUGACCGUGUUCUUUGAUGUGAAGCCCAGCAGUAAUGUGUCGCUGCUGCUUUGCCUGGCUCAUGGCUCGCCUCCAGACCCUACUACUUGUCGAAACACAACCAUCUUGAGCCACAUAGAUGGUUAUCGUUGGAUGAUAACCCCAGAGAUGUUGGAUCAGACUGCUGGUACCUGGUACAUUGACACUAGACUCUCCAAUUCCAAUGAGAUGUCGGGGAUAAAAUUGAAAAUCACUUCUUUUAUGACAAAGUGUAUGUAUUGGAACACUGAUAGUGAGAGGUGGAGCACUGAUGGCUGCUGGGUUGGUAUCAAAACCACUCCAAACCUUACACAGUGUCUGUGUAAUCACCUCACAAUGUUUGGGACUUCCUUCUUUGUGUUGCCUAACUACGUAGAUAUAUCACGCACAGCAGAGUUGUUUGCCACGGUAACUCAGAACUAUGUGGUGCUUGCAUUGCUGUGUGCUUUCUUUGGCUCUACCUGAUUACUCUGCUGUGGGCCGUGGUAC